AUGGAGAAAAUUCACUUCUUUCAGUGCCCCCGUUGCACAUUUUUUUAUCACAAAUUGACUGUGAUCGUUUGUCAUCUCGGGGUCGUGCACAGUGGAGAGCACAACUUCCUUGUCACAUGUGCUGUGGACAGUUGUGGAAAGUCAUACAGGCACGUCGAGUCGUACAGAAAACAUCUAUACCGGAAGCACAAGGAUGCCAUUUCGCCACCUGAACCUCCGCAACUAGAAAGCCCCAUUGAGUGUGAAAGUGCACAGGAUGACCCAGUUCUCCCAGAUGAAAGUGCGCAGGACGACCCAGUUCUCCCAGAUGAAAGUGCGCAGGAUGACCCAGUUCUCCCAGGUGGAAGUCGUGACAAUCCACCAACCACCAGCACCACCAAGCCUCAGACAUUUGAAGAGUUUCUUUCCACCAUGACCAAGACUGUCUGCAUGUGUUUCUUUAAGUUGACAGAAGAGCGCAAGGUGCCUCACAGUGCAGCAGACUUGGUGUUUGCAGACAUGCGGUUCAUGCUUCAGGUUGUAUUAGAACAAUUUGCUGGACAGGUUAAACAGGCCUUGCCAUUCAGUUACGACGCACUGCCCAGAGAACUAGCAACUCUACUUGAUUGCACCUUUGUUGAACAGAUUUUCAGCUGUGUCAGGUCAAAGCAUGCACGAGAGCAGUUCGCAAGAAACAUGUUUCCCUUUGUGAGUCCAGAUGAAGUGAGAGUCGGAGAUGAAGACGAUGGGUACGAGACCUAUAAAGACUUCAGGGAUGGAUCCGUGUAUGAGAGGUUACGAGAUGUUGUGACAGACGCAUCUGUAAUGACGCUCUUUGUGCUACUGUACAUGGACGAGGUGGAAAUUGCCAACCCCCUCGGGGCCAAACGUGGAGUCCACAAGCUGACAACAGUGUAUUUCACACUGCUAAACAUCCACCCACGGUACAGAUCAAGGCUCAGGUCUGUCUACUUAGUCAUUCUAGCAAAAUUUAAGGAUGUCGAAAAACAUGGGCUUUGUGCCAUCCUGAAACCACUACUUGAUGAUUUGGAAGAACUCAGCAGCACUGGCCUCACUGCAGCUAUAAAUGGUGUUCCACAAAAUGUGAAGGUCAUUGUGAUGGCAGUGUGUGGCGACAAUCUCUCCCAACAUAAGUUAGGAGGGUUUUCGGCGUGUUUUUCGCAAGGGCGUGUAUGCCGCUACAGCAUGGUGACAAGUCGCGACCUUCGUACCGUGACAAGUGAAGAGCACUGCCAAAUAAGGACAAGAGAUAACCACAACAGCCACUUAGCUGCAGUUAAGAUAAACCCUCAGGUCAAUUGCAAGCUGUAUGGUGUUGUCGGCCCAUCCCCAAUAUCACAGUUGACCUAUUUUGAUGUCACGAUGCAAAUGGCCCCUGACGUCAUGCACGAUCUUUUUGAAGGUGCGCUUGCAUUCAUCAUUAAGCAUGUCACAAAAGGUCUAAUGGACGAAGGCACACUGAGCCUGGAGGAUCUGAAGAGAGUGGAGACUUUUCCUUACGGGUUCAAUGACAGGAAAAACCGUCCAGAACCACUGACAGCUGCAUUUAUUCAGGGUGGAGCAAGCCUCAAGGGUACGGCCUCUCAAAAACGGUGCCUGUUCAGACUCUAUCCCCUGAUAUUCGGAACAUCCAUUCCGGAAGGAAACAGACACUGGAAUGUGCUCCUCCAGCUGCACGGCAUUGUUGAUUUGGUGCUCUCUGAAGAGAUUCCCGAGGACUGGCUUGCAUACCUCGAAGUUCUAGUGGAAGACUUCAUCCAAGCAUUCACAGAGAUGUACCCUGAGGCAAGGAUCCUCCCAAAAAUCCACUACAUUGUGCACUACGCAAGGAUGACAGCUGCCCUUGGACCUUUGCGCCAAUACUGGUGCCUUCGCUUUGAAGCAAAGCAUCAGUAUUUUAAAGCCAUGGCUUCAAAGCAAAAUCAAGUCCAAGAAUGCUGCGUGCAAGAGAGGUCAACAGAGAUAAUUUGCCAGCUGCUGCUCAAAGCUUGA